AUGCAAGGCGAUUACCAGAGAUGUCGCCAUUUGAUUCUCCACCGGAGCAGCUUGCCUCGCAUCUUACCCCAUCAUUGCACCGCUGAGACCAUCAGUAACCUGUUGCUUCUGUCUCUCUCUUUUCUUCGGUCCGGACAAACACUGGAGGUGAUCACCACUCGAAAUCUCUUAGCCUCCACCAAACCUUCGAUCAACAAUGUCAUUGAUCACCUUCCUCCCCCCAUUCACACCUCGCCGCCUGAGCAACCUUUGCUGCUUUCGCUUUCUACCUUCCGUUCGUUCUUCCCUUGGGCUCUUUUUCACUACUUCUACUCGUCGGUGGCAUCCAUACGCCAUGUCUUCACCGAGUUUAAGACUUCAAGGAUCGAUACUUCAUCUUGUUCUAGCUUCAGCGAGUUCAAGAAUCUAUACUCCAUCGUUCAAGCUUCAGUCUUCCUUCUACAGAAAUCGAUCUUCCGCAAAUCAAGAAAUCAGAAUCGGUGCCUUCAGUCUUCCUUGAUUCAACAACUCCUAGCUUUCAAGGUCUGUAAUAUCGCACAUAAUCACGAGAUAGCUAACAGUCUUUCAACUUCCAAGUCAGUAAAGAGACGGCGGAUCUCAUGGGCGGUGGUUUGCGGAGUGAUGUUGUUUACAGUCGGUCUCAUAUCUUUGUUUACAGGUCAUGUAGCUUCAAAUCUCGAAUGGUAUUCUCAGAAACUCGUUAAGCAUCGAUUGUGGUAUAGUAAAGUGGGUGGAUUCCGUCAUCAUGGACCAAUUAACAUCUGGAAAUCUGAGUUUUCAAACUUAUACUACGGAUGCAGUGAAAGAGGCCCUCAUUACAGACCUCCUGUUGCUGAGCUACUAUCAAAUGGGUAUCUUCUUAUAGCCACCAGUGGAGGGCUUAACCAACAAAGAAUUGGAAUUACAGAUGCUGUAGUUGUUGCACGGAUAUUAAAUGCCACAUUGGUGGUUCCUGAGUUUGAUCAUCAUUCAUUUUGGAAGGAUGAUAGUGACUUUUCAAACAUUUUUGAUGUUGAUUGGUUUAUCUCUUUCCUUGCAAAGGACGUGGUUGUUGUGAAAAGAGUCCCAGAUAAAUACAUGCGAUCACUUGAAAAACCCCCAUACACCAUGCGGGUCCCACGUAAAUCUGAACCUCAGUAUUACCUUCAUGAAGUUCUUCCUGUUCUCUUGAGGCGACAUGUUGUUCAGUUGACAAAGUUUGACUAUAGGCUUGCUAUUGACCUUAAUAAAGAACUACAAAGAUUAAGAUGUCGAGUGAAUUACCAUGCUUUUCGCUUUACAAAACCAUUGCAAGAUGUUGGAGAUCAUCUGGUGAUGAAAAUGAGGAAGAUGACAAAUCGUUAUAUUGCUGUUCAUUUAAGGUUUGAGCCUGAUAUGCUUGCAUUUUCUGGAUGUUAUUAUGGAGGUGGUGAUAAAGAGAGAUAUGAGCUUGGUGAAGUCAGGAAAAGGUGGUCCAGUUUAGGAGAAGUGAAUCCUGAGGGAGAGAGAAAGCAAGGAAAGUGUCCACUUACACCACAUGAGGUGGGGUUGAUGCUGAGUGCACUCGGUUUCAAGAAUGACACAUACAUUUAUGUUGCAUCAGGUGAAAUCUAUGGAGCCAUUGAUUACAUUGUUUGUGAUGAGAGUGAUGUGUUUGUCACUAACAACAAUGGGAAUAUGGCAAAAAUUCUUGCUGGAAGAAGGAGGUAUAUGGGGCAUAAAAGAACAAUUAGACCAAAUGCAAAGAAGUUGAGUGCUUUAUUUUUGCAAAGAGAGAAGAUGUCAUGGGGGAGUUUCUCAAGUAAAGUGAAAUCAGCUCAAAGGGGGUUUAUGGGGGACCCGGAUGAGAUGAAACCUGGACGUGGUGAUUUCCAUGAAUACCCUUCCACCUGCAUCUGCAAGACAUUCAAUUAUCAUCAUCAUCAUCAUCAUCAUCAUCAUGACAACAACACGAAACAAGAUAUGCUCGAGAUCAACCAUGAAAGAGAGUCUGAAUUUGAAGGUGUUAUUAGUAGUAAUACCACUACUACACAUAGAGAUGAUGAUGCUGAUGCAUCACUAGAAGAGAAAGAAGAUGAUGAUUUUUUGGCUGGUGACUAAGUAUCAGGUGCGGCAAAUUCAAAGAAAAACAAGGAGCCUGAAUCUUCAGGAUUACAGAUCCAAGAAGAAGAAGAAGAGAACUUUGAAAUCAUAUGGUCAGGUGAAUCUUCAAUGUGCACCAGGAACCUAAAGCAUUAUCAAGCUUUUACCAAAAAUGGAACCACAAUAUCUGUUUAUUCAUUUGUAUUCAUCCUAGCUGGUGAAGGAGGUUACCACAUUGGUUACUUGGAAGACAUGUAUGAAAAUUACAGGGAAAAAAAGAUGGUGAAUGUGAGAUGGUUUCAUCGCAGUGAAGAACUUAGUGAAUUAAUCUCAAAUCCUCAGCCUCAUGAGCUUAUAAUCACCUCUCAUUGUCAGAUCUUAAGUGCAGAAUGUAUUGAUGGACUUGCCACCAUUUUAACUCCCAAACAUUACAACCAAUGUUUGGCUUUUGUUACACCAGACUUCUCAGAUGGGAUUUACAUGUGCUCUAAGCAGAUAAAAAAUGACCAAAUUUCCUCAUUUCCUUUUUCUAAGUUGCGUGGCUACCAUACCCAGAUCAUAUUUUCUGUUCUUAACCUCCCAGUUGGCCCCAACAAGAACAACCAAGAAACAUCAUCCAAAAGAGAAGAAGAAGAAGAAGAAGAAGAAGAAGAAGAAGAAGAAGAACAAGAAAAAGAAAAGGGAAAGGGAAAAGGAAAAGAAAAAGAAGAGGGUGUUCAAAGUUUGAAACAGGGUGUUACAGUUGUUGAUAAUGAGGCUGAAAAAACACAACCUUUUCGUGUUGGUGAAGAGAUUGAAGUGCUUAGUAAUGAUAGUGGGAUAAGAGGGUGUUGGUUUAGAUGUAAAAUCUUGAAGACAUCAGAGAAGAGAUUGAAAGUUUCAUACAUGGAUGUGGUGGAUGCAGUGGGUCCCGGAAAUCUUGAGGAAUGGGUGUUGGCAUAUCGAAUUGCAGCUCCUGAUAAAAUGGGGAUGAGAUGGUUAGGGCGUAAUUAUAUACGUCCUGCAUGUCCUCAAAUGGAAUCUUCAGAUGAUGAUUUCAAGAUUGGAUCAGCAGUGGAUGCAUGGUGGUGUGAUGGGUGGUGGGAAGGUGUAGUGGUUGGAUUCAACAUCUGUGGAAAAAAUGAUUUUCAAAUUUACUUUCCUGGUGAAAAAAGAUUGCAUUAUUUUGAGAAGAUGAAUCUAAGAGCUUCAAAAGAGUGGGUUGAUAAUAAGUGGAUAGAGAUAAAGCCAAAGCCUGAUAUAGUCUCUUUUCUCGCAUCAAAUAUGAAGCUUCAAAAAAGGUCAACCUUGGGUGGGCCCUCUGGAUCUGGAAGUGGAUCAUCUUCUGAAACUGGAGCAAAUAAUGUCGUGAUGAAUAAGAAGAAGAAGAAGAAGAAGGCAUUGAUGGGAUUUUCAAAACCAAAACAUAGUAAAAUGGGUGGUAAUUAGUAAGUAAUAUGCAGGUUUUGGUUCAUUAUGAAAUACUAAGAAUAAAGACUUGGUUUAUACUUUAUAUAAAUAUAAAUUAGGGGUAGGGGUUGUUGAACUCUUUGGGUGGAGUCAUAUGUUUUGCUGCAUGUGUGUUGGUAUUUCGUUUUGAACCAUAUUUAGCUUGAAAUUAAACAAUCUAUAUUAAGGAUUUCAUCUAAAGAUCUUAUGAGCUUGAAUUUAUGGU